GUUAUGUUAUUUCCGACAGAGUCUGUAUACAUGACCCACUUACGUCUAAAGCGCAAUUAUUGUUUUAUUUUGAAAUCGACAACCGGAAACUAUCCUGUUCGCUCUACCUACCUUAACUGACAUACUUUGGCACCUUUGACAGAUAGCAUGGUAGCAAGGAGUUGCUAACUAGCCGAAAGUCCUUAGAUAACAUGUCCGUAAACUAGUCAGCACAAAGGUAAAAGUACGGAGUUUUUUUUGCAGCUGUAGUUUGCGAACCCCUCACUGUCCCAUUAUGUUUUCAUCAGUCUGGAAUUUUGUUAAACGCCACAAAAGGAAAUUUAUUUUCACCGGAGCUGUAGUUGGAGGAGUGUACUUUCUGGGUAAAUAUGCCCAGAAGAAGAUCAGAGAUAUCCAGGAGAAAGAGGCGACGGAGUACAUCGCUCAGGCCAGACGACAGUUCCACUUUGAAAGCAACCAGAGAACCUGCAACAUGACCGUGCUGUCCAUGCUCCCUCCACUGAAAGAAGCCAUCGUCAAUCAACUAAAUUCAGAAAGCCUCACUGCACUGCUCAAGGCUAAACCGGCCAACAAGCUGGAAAUCUGGGAAGAUUUAAAGAUCAUCAGUUUCACUCGCACCAUCGUGGGGGUUUACAGCACCUGCAUGCUGGUGGUUCUACUCCGGGUCCAGUUGAACAUCAUAGGAGGAUACCUGUACCUCGACAACUCUGUAGGCAAGAACACCGCGACGCCUCUGGCUCCCCCAGACGUCCAGCAGCAGUACCUGUCCAGUAUCCAACAUCUACUGGGAGACGGUUUGACAGAGUUGAUGACAGUAGUGAAGAAAGCAGUACAGAACUCACUGGGAGGUGUGUCUCUGAAGCAGAGCCUGUCUCUGCUGGAGUUGGAGCAGCAGCUGAGCUGGAUCAGGGCGGAGGUGGAGGCCGGCUCCGAGCGCCCGAUGUCCUGGUACAUGCUCGCCGACGACGAGAACGCGCUCUCUGACCAGGCGUGCGGGCUGACAGAAAAUGAUGUUGGGACCAUCCGACUGUUAAACGAGACUAGAGACAUGUUGGACAGUCCAGACUUCACCACUGUCCUCAACGCCAGUUUCAACCGGGGUUUCUCUCGUCUUCUCGACAACCUGGCCGAGUUCUUCCGCGCGCCUCCCUGUGACUCCGCCCCCAGCUCUGCUCCUGACAGCUUGUCUGCGGUCAGUCUGCCGCUGGCGAAGAUCAUCCCCAUCGUCAACGGUCAGAUCAACACCAUCUGCAGCGAGACUCCCAGCCACUUUGUUCAGGAGCUGCUGAUGAACGACCAGGUGAAGGAGUUUGCGGCCAACGUCUACGAGAGCUUCAGCACGCCACAGGAGCUGCAGAAAUAAUGGAGGAGGAGGAGAGGAGGAGGAGGGGAAUCCAAGAGGAAGAAAAGCAGGAUGUGCACAGAAAUGAUACCUAAGCCCCUGGACUGUUCAUCCCUCCGUCCUUUCUGUGAGACACCUUUUCUCCUCCAAAUCCCCCGCAGACGUUUCGCUCGGCGCCGGUGCUGAUUCGCGGCAGAAGUGUCCACGUCGAAGCAGUGGCGGGAGCGGCCAUGUUCCCUCCUGUGAACGGAGCCGUGAUGGAUUAUUGAGCUGGCGGAGGGACAAGACACUCGCAAUCACAGCAGAGGCCUGUGCUUAACCCUAGGACCACUGCAUCCUGGGAAUUGGAGUCUCAUUUAACCUGGUCCUGUUGUUUUAUUCACCCUUAAAGGUGCCGUAGGUAGGAUUGCGAAGAUCCAGGACUUAGCCAACAAAUUUGAACAUCGACAACUUCUCAGUCCCCCC